AAAUUAAAUGUUUUUUUAAUAAAAAAAGCAAUAAAUAUUUUAGAUAAAUUAACAUGUCUUAAUUUUGUGCGAGCAAAUUUUUUAAAAAAUGAGUUUUCAGGUAUCAUAUUUGUUGCUAAUUCCAAAUGUUAUGCUUACUUAGGAAAAACAAUUGAAAAAAGUUGGCAAAAAAUAGGUAUUGGAAUGGAAUGUCAUAAUUUAGGAGGAAUAUUACGUAUGAUUUUACGUACAUUAGGAAUUAUUUAUCAACAUUGUCGGUUUGAUAGAGAUACAUUUAUAAAAGUAUUUCCUGAAAAUAUUGCUGCAAGAAAUUUGGAAAAUUUUCAAAUAAAACCACAAGCCAAAAUAAGUCGAUUAUUUUUACCUUAUGAAUAUGGUUCUGUGAUGCAUUUUGGUACCCUUGAGGGUAGUAAAAAUAGAGGUUAUACAUUGAUGCCUAAAGAUCAUUUUUAUGAAAAUACUGUUGGACAACUGGAUUAUCCUACUUUUAAUGAUAUAAAAGCUUUGAAUUUGCAUUAUUGUUCCAGUAUAUGUAAAAUUAAAAUCAUAUGUAGAAAUCAUGGAUAUCAAAAUCCUAAUGAUUGUAAUAAAUGUGUAUGUAUUGAUGGAUUUAGAGGUGUACAUUGCGAUUAUUACACAAGAGCAAGUGUGUUAUGUAAAGAAAAACUAUUUGAAGCUAAAGUAAAACCUUCAUUUUUAAAAAUAACUCAAAAUAAAGUUUGUUUUUAUCAUUUAAAAACAAACAUUCAUAAAAGAAUAAAAAUUGGAAUUUUAAAAAUAAGUAUGGAACCUAAGUAUUCUACAACGUGCUCUCUAAAUAGAUCGUUCGAAGUAAAAUAUUUGAAUGACAAAUCUGUAGCAGGUGCAAGAUUUUGUCACCAGAAGUUUACAAGAAUUAUUUAUUCUGAAAGCAAUCAUGUUAUGUUUAUUUAUAGAAGUGAUAAUCCUAGAAGCUAUGUUUAUUUAUAUUAUAAAGAAAUACCUUAA